AACGUUUAGUUUCAUAAAAGAAGAGACAAACUCUUCAACUCUCAAUGCUGCUAUCUUGAAUUGUAUCAAAUCAAUAGCUCUGUUACAUCCACCCAUGCGCACUGCACAAUCUCAGCCUCACCGGUGGCAACAUGCUUGGAUGCUGCCUCCUCUCGCCAUUUGGAUUUCUGGCAUUUUCAGCAACACUCCGUUAUGGGUAUUACAGGGAUUCCUUUAUCUUGCUUGGUCCUGCCUCAUCCCGUUUGAUUACAACCAGUUCUGUUUUUGUGAAGCAGCUUCAAGUGUCAAGCAAGGAUAAAAAUCAAGUCUUUGUUCACACUUUCAAUAAGAAGCCCGAGUUGAGCUCCCAAACUAAUUGGACGGCGUCGGAUUUUUUCCUUGUUGAAGCGUAUAAAAGCAAGGGGAUUUCUCUGUGGUUAAAUCACGGCUCCACCAUCCGUCUUAGGUGGGAAGAACAUACUACUACUGGUUUGGAUAAGCUACAUGGGAUGGUGGUUAAAGGAGACGUGAAGUUUGAACAACUACAGGAUUCACAUACGACCUUCCUCAAUUCAAUUUCUCUUCGAGAGACUGUUAAUGGUAAAGAAGCUGAAUACAUGGUCGAGGAAGAUGAUAGAUACCACAUUGGAGUUCUAAACAUGAAUGCAAAGAACAUAAUCUUGACUAUGGAAGUUAAUGUUUCAGCAAAGGUAUAUGAUACCACCAAAGCCAAGAAGAUGUGCUCCACUGAAAAUGGACCUUGUAAGCUCAGUUUUUUCUUCCCAGAUACUCAUUAUGUUAUUCUUACGGCAGCCAACAAUGGAGAUGGGGUAACGCAUGUUGACAUUUCUUUAGUGGCCCGUGUGUUUGUCUACGUAUUACUUCUAGGAGUUAUUGCGAUUGUUGUUUAUCUGAUUCUGAAAAUUCUUGGAGUUUAUGGUGAUGCUGAGCAGCAUAGUCAAGUUACAAUCGAUGUUACAUACAGAACAAGUAAUGUGGUUGCAACACGGGCCGAAACUGAGCCAUUGAUGCGAGGGGAGGAAAAUCGAAUGUCAUAUGGAACAAAUGCAAAAGAUGAUAAACAAAAUUCAGAAGCAUGUAGUAGCUCUUCCUCAGAGGAGUUAUAUGAUGAAAAAUUAUGUUGCAUUUGUUAUGAUGAACAACGCAACAGCUUCUUUGUUCCUUGUGGACACUGUGCCACUUGCUAUGACUGUGCACAGAGGAUUGUCGAUGAGGAGAGCAAAGUAUGUCCUAUAUGCCGAAGGCUUAUUCACAAAGUACGAAGAUUGUUUUACAUUUAGGCUCACAGACAUGUGUCUUGUAGUGAUGUGAUUUGAGGGAUCAUGUAGAUAGCUGGGAAAAUUUAGUUGGGAAUUAGACUUUGGGUGUGGGUUUUGUGAAGAGAUUGAAUGAUGUUAUUUUCUAUUUUUUGCGUGAAGCUGCAGGGGAAAUGGGUAACUAUCGUUUCAGCAUAUACUUCGGCUAACUAAGCAACAAAAAAAAAUAGACUUUUCUUAUAUAUUCUUUUCAUAUUUUCGGCACAAGUUCACACAGAUAAAUUUGUUCUUACCCAAAACUGACACUUAUAUAGAACAAUGCUUUUUAACGA